AUUUCCCAAUUGAGAAAGGUUUGUGGCCAAGAAGCAACGAAGGCUUCAUCUUUCUUUUAAUUUAUAAUCAUAAAGAACAUCCCAGAAUUGCCCCAUGGCCCUCCAGGCUGCUGCUACCUUUCUUCCUCAGACUGUGUCCAUUCCCAAAGAGGGUAAAACCAUUGGUGCGACCCUGAAGGAUUCAAGCCUGUUUGGAGUUUCACUGCUAGACCACACCAAAUCUGGCUUCAGCUCCUCCUUACUCAAAACCAAGGGACAAAGGAAAGUGUGGAAUGGCGUUGUGAAAGCUCAGACAAUGGUGGCAGCUCCCGGAGUUACCGGAGCCCAAAUCUCCGGCAAGAAAACUUUAAGAAAAGGCACUGUUGUUAUCACCGGCGCGUCUUCAGGCUUGGGACUCGCCACUGCCAAAGCUCUGGCGGAGACCGGGAAAUGGCACGUGAUCAUGGCGUGCAGGGAUUUCUUGAAAGCAGAGAGGGCAGCGAAGUCUGUGGGCAUGGUGAAGGACAGUUUCAGCAUAAUGCAUUUGGAUCUCGCCUCCCUUGAUAGUGUCCGGCAAUUCGUGGACAACUUCCGGCGGUCCGGCCGGCCUCUUGAUGUUGUGGUGUGUAAUGCGGCUGUUUACUUGCCGACGGCCAAAGAACCGACCUAUACGGCAGAAGGGUUUGAGCUGAGUGUGGGGACGAACCAUCUGGGACACUUUCUGCUCUCAAGAUUGCUCUUUGAUCACUUGAAACAGUCUGAUUACCCUUCCAAGAGGCUCAUCAUUGUCGGUUCCAUCACAGGGAAUACUAACACACUGGCUGGAAACGUACCUCCUAAGGCAAACCUGGGGGACCUAAGGGGUCUAGCCGGAGGACUGAACGGACUAAACAGCUCGGCGAUGAUUGACGGGGGAGAAUUUGACGGCGCGAAAGCAUACAAGGACAGCAAGGUAUGCAACAUGCUGACGAUGCAAGAGUUCCACCGGCGCUACCACGAAGACACCGGAAUCACAUUCGCCUCCCUCUACCCUGGCUGCAUCGCCACCACCGGACUGUUCAGGGAACAUAUCCCGUUGUUCAGGGUGCUUUUCCCGCCCUUCCAGAAGUACAUCACCAAGGGAUAUGUGUCCGAGGAGGAGGCCGGGAAGAGACUGGCUCAAGUGGUCAGCGAUCCCAGCUUGACCAAGUCGGGCGUGUAUUGGAGCUGGAACAAGGACUCGGCUUCUUUUGAGAACCAGCUGUCUCCAGAAGCCAGUGAUGUUGAAAAGGCCCGCAAACUGUGGGAACUCAGCGAGAAACUCGUUGGCUUAGCUUGAACGCCUCCCUCCCCUCCUUUGCCCUGCCUCGGCUCAUUCCCCCAUUCCUCUAGUUGUGAGUUCCAAACUGGCAAAACCCAAAAAAAAGUUUAGUCAUUCUCUUUUGGAAUCCAAAAAAAAUCAAUAAAUGCACUCAUGCAUCUUUCUUUCCCUGUGUUUUUAAUCAGCUGGUCUGACUUUACUAGCAACAACCCUAAAACAGGCUGUAUUACUAAAACAUGAGAUAUGGUACAUGCAGGAUUUGAUUUCAUUAUUACGCAAUGAUGUUUAAUGGAAUAUAUAUUCAUGGUCCGG